AGAAGAAGUUGCAUCUCUUGUGUCUUCACACAAAGCUGGAAAAUAAAAUUAUUUAAAAAAUCUCACUUUUAUAUUUAAACAAAUGUCGAUUUUUCGGAGAAGAAGAAAAUGGAGCUGGAUUCGGAUUUGGGUUUUAUUCGUGAUGGUGGCUGCGGUCUGUGCUCAAAGUGUGAAUGAUCCCAGUAACAUGUCCCUGGUGAAGGAGACUGUGGACAGACUGCUGAAGGGUUACGACAUUCGGCUCAGACCUGAUUUCGGAGGUCCUCCAGUAAGAGUGGGAAUGAACAUCGACAUUGCCAGCAUAGACAUGGUAUCAGAAGUCAACAUGGACUACACCCUCACCAUGUACUUCCAGCAGUCGUGGAGAGAUAAACGGCUCUCGUACUCGGAGAUCCCUCUGAACCUUACACUGGAUAACCGUGUGGCUGAUCAGCUCUGGGUCCCAGACACUUACUUCCUAAACGACAAGAAGUCCUUUGUUCACGGAGUGACAGUGAAAAACAGGAUGAUACGCCUCCAUCCGGACGGCACCGUGCUCUACGGACUGAGGAUAACUACAACAGCAGCCUGCAUGAUGGACUUGAGACGAUAUCCGCUGGAUGAACAAAACUGUACUCUGGAAAUUGAGAGCUAUGGCUACACGACGGACGACAUCGAGUUUUACUGGCGAGGUGAAGACGGCGCUGUGACAGGGGUGGAGCGAAUAGAGCUGCCUCAGUUCUCCAUCGUUGAAUACAAGCUCAUAGCCAAGAAGGUGGUUUUCUCUACAGGAGCUUAUCCUCGCCUGUCCCUCAGCUUCAAGCUGAAGAGAAACAUCGGCUACUUCAUCCUGCAGACCUAUAUGCCCUCUAUCCUGAUCACCAUCCUGUCCUGGGUCUCCUUCUGGAUCAACUACGAUGCCUCAGCUGCCCGAGUCGCUUUAGGUAUCACCACCGUCCUCACCAUGACGACCAUCAACACUCACCUCCGAGAGACGCUCCCUAAAAUCCCGUACGUCAAAGCCAUCGACAUGUACCUGAUGGGCUGCUUCGUCUUCGUCUUCCUCGCCCUGCUCGAGUACGCUCUUGUCAACUACAUCUUCUUUGGACAAGGACCUCAGCGGCAGAAGAAAGCAGCGGAGAAAGCGUCCAAUGCCAACAACGAGAAAAUGAGGAUGGAUCCCAACAAGUGGUUGAUGGGAAAUGUAGUUCAGAGAAACGAUGCUCUGUAUGCCAGAAUGAAACCCAGGGAUAUUGACGCUCAUGACUCGAUGUGGGAACCGAUCUUUGUGGACGAUGCUGCAAUAGGACUAGGGGAUCAGAAAAAUAAGAUGGACCCACAUGAGAACAUCCUCCUCACACCUCUGGAGAUGAAGAAUGAGAUGUCUCCAUCUGAUUUAGCUCUGGGUCUCGGCGACCCACGCAACACCAUGCUAGCGUACGACAGCUCAGCGCUACAGUACCGGAAAGCGGGUCUGGCUCGGCAGAACUUCGGACGGAAUGUGCUGGAACAUCACGUCACUCAGAAGAAAAGCCGACUGCGGAGACGCACCUCGCAGCUGAAGAUCACUAUCCCUGACUUGACUGACGUGAACUCCAUUGACAAGUGGUCGAGGAUGAUCUUCCCCACCGUCUUUUCCUUUUUCAACAUCAUCUACUGGCUCUACUAUGUCAACUGAGAUCAACCUUUCAUUCUUUUCUCCUUUAAAGUUUUAAUUUUGUUUCCUGAUGUUUAUUUUGGUAAUUCUGUGUUCCAAUACUGUUCAGAACACUCCCUGCUUUACAGAGGUGUGGAUGAAGGUGUAGGGAUUAGAGUGUAGGGAUUAGGGUGUAGGGAUUAGAGUGUAGGGAUUAGGGUGUAGGGAUUAGGGUGUAGGGAUUUGAGUGUAGGGAUUAGAGUGUAGGGAUUAGGGUGUAGG